CCCCGCGUCCCAGCCCACGGACACAAAUUCGCGGCGUAAGGCCCGAGGCCGGUUCAGCUGAGAAGCUGUUAAUCUGCUUUUACGCUGAGGAAAAGGAAGCAAAACGGGUUUUUCUGCCUUUCGGGGGUGUGAUGGACGUUUAUCCUGCCCCCCAAGGUCAGGUAUCUGAAGCCGUUGAGGCACCUGGAGUUUGAAAUGAGGUGGAAAUACGUCUGACAACGAGGUAGGAACUCAGUCUGGGAAGACUAAGGCUGGAGGAAGCACACCCCGUAAGGCGGGACGGCGCCGGAGUCCUGCACGUGGAAGUUCUGCUCCUAACGCAGCUUUCCAAAGCUUGUCCUGCUCCUGCAGACCGGCCGGGCUCCUCAGCUGGGCAAUAUAGCGUGGAUGCAUAAACAGCUGGGGUGUGGCAGCUGAUUGUAUAGGUCCUGCUGCUGCAGUGGCAUACCGACAUACUUAAAAUGUCGAUGGAUAUAACUUUCCUCGGCACAGGCUCGGCAUAUCCCUCUCCAACAAGAGGAGCAUCGGCGUUAGUGCUUCGCAGGGAAGGAGAGUGCUGGCUCUUCGACUGCGGAGAGGGAACUCAAACACAGUUCAUGAAGAGCCAUCUCAAAGCAGGCAGAGUUACCAAGAUUUUCAUAACUCAUCUUCACGGUGACCACUUUUUUGGACUUCCUGGCCUGCUGUGUACACUUAGCCUCCAAAGUAGCCCUGACCCACACAAACCACCCGUUGAUAUUUAUGGGCCAUUAGGACUGCGAAACUUCAUACGGAGGAGCAUGGAGCUCUCCCACUCGCAACUUCUCUUUCCCUACACUGUUCAUGAACUGGUACCCACACGGGACCAGUGCCCCGCGGAAGAAUUUAAAGAGUUUUCUUGCUUGGACGGAGAUGAGGUGUCUCCCCAGGGAGCACAAGGGAGAAUACUCCAGCUGGAUCCAGUAGAAAACUCUUACUUGCUGGUUGAGGAUGAGCAGCUAGUUCUGAAAGCAUUUCGCCUAUUUCACCGCAUUCCUUCCUUUGGCUUUGUGGUGGAAGAGAAGCCCCGGACCGGUAAACUCAAUGUACAGAAACUGAAAGACCUUGGAGUUCAACCAGGUCCUUUAUAUGGGAAACUGAAGGAUGGAACAGCAAUCGUUCUAGAAAACGGAGUAACGAUUUCUCCUUCAGACGUCUUAGAAGACCCUAUUCCUGGAAGAAAGAUUUGCAUUUUGGGGGAUUGUUCAGGGGUGGUUGGAGAUGCGGCCACGAAGCUUUGCUGUGAAGCAGAUGUACUGAUACAUGAAGCCACGUUGGACGAUACCCAAGAGGAAAAGGCCAGGGAGCAUGGUCACAGCACUCCAAAAAUGGCAUCAGAAUUUGCAAAAUUGUGUAAAGUGAAGAAACUGGUUUUGACUCACUUCAGUCAGCGGUAUAAACCAGCUGCUCAGAGAGGAGAGGGAGACACGGACAUCGCCGAACUGAAGAGACAGGCAGAGUCAGUGUUAGAUGGUCAAGAAGUUACACUAGCUGAGGAUUUUAUGACAAUAGAAAUUCCAAUGAAAAAAUAAAAAUAGUAGCGUUAGCAAGCUCUGUAUGAAGACAUGAAGUAGGAUGGUGUUGGAUAGCACUUAAAAAUAACGGUGGGGUUUCUGGUAUCCAAAUUAGUUCUUUCCCGUGGCACGCAGAGAACCGUUGCAAACUGGAGAGAGUACCGGGUACAGUUAGCAUAGCUUUUCUAAAGCAAGAAAAAAGGAUACUCAAACAUCUGGAACUUGGAAUAAAUUCGUAAGCGAUGGUUUGGGACACCUAGCCUCCCCAGAAACCCAAUGUGCAGGCUGGUGCGAGUCUUCACAGCCCAGGGGUUUUCCUUGGACCACGGAUUCCUAGAGCAGAGCACUGGAUCGUUUGGCUUAAUACAGCCCUCGGGAAGGCUUGUGUUCUGCGCCAGAAUUGAAGAUAACUUGCCUGUUACAAGCUUUUGAAUAACAUCUACUUCAAACUUGUAUACAGUAUUUUGUAACUUGUAAGUAUUUUGUUACCCGAUUUCUGUGUAAGAGGACUAUUAUACUGAAACUAAUAAAGUAUUUAUAACUCUGCC